GGCGGCCGCGGCCUGGGCAGGGGCCGGGGCCGCGGCGCGGCGGGAAAUGGCGGCCGGGUCGGGCUGAGCUGAGGGGACGGAGUUGCACCAUGAGGCUGCUGCGCGCCCUUCUGCGCGGCGCCGCCCCGGGCAGCGCCUCCCCGGGCAGCAUCCCGCAGCAGGUGGACUUCUACUCACGCUUCUCCCCCUCGCCGCUCUCCAUGAAGCAGUUUCUGGACUUCGGAUCUGAAAAUGCUUGUGAAAAGACUUCAUUUAUGUUUCUGCGGCAAGAGUUGCCUGUGAGAUUGGCAAACAUAAUGAAGGAAAUAAGCUUGCUUCCAGACAACCUCCUAAGAACGCCUUCAGUUCAGCUGGUGCAGAGCUGGUACGUCCAAAGUCUUCAGGAGAUUCUUGACUUUAAGGACAAAAGCUCAGAAGAUUCAGGGGCGGUUCACAGUUUUACAGAUACUGUGAUAAAAAUCCGGAAUCGACACAAUGAUGUAAUUCCUACGAUGGCUCAAGGAGUAAUAGAAUACAAGGAAAGCUUUGGCAUUGAUCCAGUGACCUCACAGAAUGUGCAGUAUUUUUUAGACCGCUUCUACAUGAGCCGCAUUUCAAUCAGAAUGCUCCUUAAUCAACACUCUUUACUGUUUGGUGGGAAAAUUAAUCCAGCUCAUCCGAAACAUAUUGGAAGCAUCGAUCCUAACUGCAAUGUUGUUGAAGUUAUUAGAGAUGGCUAUGAAAAUGCCAAGAGACUUUGUGAUUUGUAUUACAUGAGCUCUCCAGAACUUAUCCUCGAAGAGUUGAAUGCUAAAUCACCAGGACAGCCCAUGCAAGUGGUGUACGUGCCAUCACAUCUCUAUCACAUGGUUUUUGAACUUUUCAAGAAUGCAAUGAGAGCCACCAUGGAACAUCAUGCUGAUCAAUGCAUUUAUCCUGCAAUUCAUGUACACAUCACCUUGGGAAAUGAGGAUUUAACUGUGAAGAUGAGUGAUCGUGGUGGUGGUGUUCCUAUGAGGAAAAUCGACAGACUGUUCAACUACAUGUAUUCAACAGCACCACGUCCUCGUGUUGAGACAUCACGAGCUACACCUUUGGCUGGAUUUGGUUAUGGCUUACCCAUAUCACGUCUGUAUGCACAGUACUUCCAAGGAGACCUGAAACUGUAUUCCUUAGAAGGCUAUGGUACAGAUGCAGUUAUUUACAUCAAGGCCUUAUCAACAGAAUCAAUUGAAAGACUCCCUGUAUACAACAAAGCAGCCUGGAAACAUUAUAAAGCAAACCAUGAAGCCGAUGAUUGGUGUGUGCCAAGCAGUGAGCCAAAGGACAUGACCACUUUUCGCAGUAUGUAGCUUUUUCCUCAGCAGUUCGUAAGAAGUAGGUUUGUCUGUAAAGGGAAUUUAAAAGACCUGAUUUACACCAAGAUGUUGAGCCACUUUUGAUAUGUGAGAGUAAUUUUAAGUGGUGUAACAGAAAGUUUAGAGUAAUUAGGCUUUUCUGAAAUGAAAAAACCAACAGCCACCAAAACUCCCAAACCUGCACUUACAAAGUGAGGUCAUACUUAAUUUGUUUCUAUUUAUGACUGCUUUCAGAGCUAUGUCAAAGGAGCAAUAUUUUGGUUUCUGUAGGGAUCAAGGCAAUGUCUGUCACAUGUGGUAUUAAUUAAUAUAAUUACAAAACAGUUUUAUUAGAAAAAAUAUUGAAAAAUCUCACUGGAACAUUUUUCAUUUAUACAAUACUACAGAUUAAUGAAAAGCUCGUGUAAGAAGUAUUGAGCUCAUUGCUAUACCCUUGUAAGCAUGCUGAAGCUUAAUUUUGUGAAGUUAGGUAUGUUGCCUACAUACAUUGCCUACAACAAGGGGGUUUUUUCAGCUGUAGAAAUCACACAUCUCUGUAGGGAUAAAGAAUUUUAAAAAGCAUUUUUAACAGCUACUACUGGUAUAAUGUAUCUCAGGUAUGUGACAUUGGUUGUAUUUCUUUGGUUGACUGUGAAUAUAUGAUAGAUGUGAAAAACUUAUCUUGCCCUAAUCAUUGUGAAUUAAAAAAUAGCAUUGGCUUGUGUACAGUAAUGUUGUCCUGCAUUUGCCUGUAUUUCUGUAGGUCAUACCAAAACGUAGUAUCAACAUUCUAGCCUUUAUAAGAUCUCAGACUUGGGUAUGGCAGGUACAGCUGUAAAUGGAAACUAUUUUAAUAAACAGAUUUUAAAAAUUUGUUUGUAAUAAGGGCAUCGCUAUUACUUUGACAGUAUAAACUACCUUCUCAGAGUAACUAAGAGUAAGUGGAAUUAAGGGUUUUUGAAAAUACCUUUGCAUUUGUGAUAUGCUUCUGGCCUCAUUUUUGUAGUAACAUGAUAACCAGAACAUAUUAAUCAGUCAAAGACAAACUGUCAAAACACACAGGGGAAGAUAAGAGAUGGGAAUGAAUAUUACAUUUCAGAUAAGAAGUCCUUUUAAUAAAGAAUUCAACUUAAUGCCUACUGUACCAGCUUUGUUCAAAUCAUACACAUCUGUGUUGCACCUUGAUCCCUGUCAUUCCUGAAAAUUUUAGGAGUGAUGCAAUUAAAGCCAUUGAGAACUAAUCCUCUUCUCAGUUAAUUAAACUGCGUGUAGCUCUGUGGUUUUUGUUCUGCAGCAGACAUGCAUAAUCCCUCAGAAACAAUAAGCCUGGCUUUUGCUAGUUUACUGUCUCUGCACAGAGCAGAAAGUGAGAUACCACAAGUGAAGGGGAUAGAUGGGAUGUUGGAAAUUGAAGUCAUGCUGCUCUAGUUGUAGCUGAGCCUGAUUCAAGACUUAUCACCUGCAACCUCCCUAGCCAAGUUCCGCAAAACAAUGAAAUGGUUUUAUACCCUGGUUAAGCUAAUGUAGGUAACUUUAACAGAAGUGCAUUACAGACUGGACUGUAUACACAGUAAACUGACAAGCUGAGGGAGGAUUGCUGUAGCUUAAUUGGCACCAGAACAGCAGGGUUACCUACUCAAGCUUGUGGGCAUGUUGAGGCCCCUAUUUUUCUUCCUUACAAGGAUGCGAGGUGGUAACUGGCACAGCUUUCCAUCUGCAGGCCUAAAAGUGAGGGGAACUGAGAGCUGUUCACUUCUUUGGCCCUGUAAGAGGGUAUGAGGAAUGCCAUAUAGUGUAAAAUGGGGCCGGUACAAAUGUUGGGACACUUGCAGCUAUUGCUUUUUGGUAAACUAAAACUGAAAGUUAUAGCAAGGGCUUUUAAAAACUCAGGUCUGAAGCUAUAUUCUAGGCUUUAAAUCUUUUAACUAACUGAUUUUAGUAACAUCGGACAACCACAAGCAGUUUCUGAAGGGAAGCUAACAGUUUGUUUUCUACAAAGUCUGUUAAGUAUUUUAGAUAUUACUGAAAUAAAGUCUCUUUCAUGUUCUCGGCUAACUACCAAUUGAAUUCUGAUUAUUGAAACAACAUGCUGUAUAAUUAUAUUUGUAUCUGUCUCUUCACCUGCACCCUGAAUGCUUGUGGUGAAAACACAAAUGUGUAGUGUUUUGAUUUACAAUAUUUAAUCCUAGUUACAAAUUUGGUCUUUGAUAACUUUUGGUUUCAAUAGAAGUGCAGAAGACAACUUUUGUGUUUAGUAUUUUCAUUACUAUACUGAAGGCAUUGCUAGCACACUGGUUAAGUUGAAGUGAAUCACUACAGAAAAGUAGUAUACUAUCAAAAUGCUGAGAUUAAUAGUUUUGUAUGCACAAUCUUGUACUGUAGAAAUAAUCUUGGUUUGUGUUAAUUUUUUGAAAGAAUCACUGCAUUUAUUCAUUAAAACUAUUGUAAAAAUUAAA